GGUGACAGCGGCCGUCAUCGGGUUGAACACGAUGGUGGGGUCGUGUUCAGCACGUGCUGUACAUGCCCUCACUCGACCGUCACCGUAUUGAACACGACCGUGGGGUUGCGGGGUACCACUGCAGUCAUGCUCGACACGAUGACAGCGACCGUCAUCGGGUUGAACACGACGGUGAGGUCGGGGGGUGCCACCGCGGUCGUGUUCGACUCGAUGACAACGACCAUCAUCGGAUUGAACACGACGGUGGGGUCAUGUUCAGCACGUGGCGUACACGCCCGCGCGCAACCGUCAUCGUGUCGAACACGACGGUCGUCGUGUCGAACACGACAGUCAUCGUGUCGGACACGACGAUCGUCGUGUCCGACUCGAUGAUGGACGGCUCUGUGAAACUUCGGAAACGACAAAGGACACGAGUUAUUGUAGAGAUGGAAUACAUGACGGUCUGGGGUCACCGUCGAGUAGGAUUCGACAAUGGCCAGGCCGUCGCCAUCAGUCGUCCAGUCGAACACGACGGCAGGGAAGCGCCAAAGCCUCCGACCACUGUCGAGUCGGACUCGACGAUGACCCCAGGGCGUCGUCGAUUUCGUCUUGGCAUUGUCGAUUCCGACCCGAUGAUGAACCCAGGCCGUCGAGUCGAACUCGACGGUGGCCCAGCGGCAAGUCGUACGACCGACGUCGAGUCGAACUCGACAAAUGCCCGGGGCCGUUGUCGGGUCCGACUCGAUGACCAUGGUCCGUUGUCGAGUUCGACUCGACAAUGGCCGUAUGACAUGCCGCUGCCGAUGUGUUGGACUCGAUGGCCCAUGCUGGCCGCUGUCGAGUUCUACUCGACGACGGCGUGCUGGCCAUUGACGAGUACGACUCGACGGUGGCAAGCCGACCGGCGUCGAGACAAGCUCUACGAACUCGUCCACCGACGAGAGCCAAGACCUCUGGCCAUCCGUUUGAGCUUCUCGAUUGUCCGUCAUCGGCCUCACUGUGUGUGUUAUGAAAGCAAUGGGUUUGAUGUGAAAUUGUCGAUGCCGGGUUUCGAUUCUUCUGCUUUGUUUGAUGUGACUUUUAGCUACGCCGCUCCCGUGUUCUGUUUGUUUGCUUUUGGAUACGCCGUCCCGUUCCCGUGUUCUGUUUGCCAGCCCGGUCGUGUCGAACUGUCGUGCUGGCCCCCCACGUUUGAGUCGAACUCGAUCGAAUCGACCUCCAUCGAGUCGAUCUCGAUCGAGUCGAACACGAUCGAGUCGAACACGAUCGAGUUGAACACGAUCGAGUCGAACACGAUCGAGUCGAACACGAUCGCCUGGGCUCACGGUUGGAUCCAACACGAUCGUCUGGACUCACGAUCGCCUGCACUCACGAUCGUGUCCGACUCGAUUAUGAUCGACUCGAUGNCGAUCGUGUCCGACUCGAUUAUGAUCGACUCGAUGUGGACUCACGAUCGUCUGUACUCACGAUCGCCUGUACUCACGAUCAUGUCCAACACGAUCCAACACGAUCGGAUCCGACACGAAUCGAACUCCAUCGUGGUUUAUUGUGUUCGACUCGAUCGUGUCCGACUCGAUUAUGAUCGACUCGAUNCGAUCCAACACGAUCGGAUCCGACACGAAUCGAACUCCAUCGUGGUUUAUUGUGUUCGACUCGAUCGUGUCCGACUCGAUUAUGAUCGACUCGAUCGCGUUCGACACGAUCGUGUUCGACUCGAUCGAGUCGAGCACGAUCGUGUCGAACUCGAUCGAGUCGAACACGAUUGUCUGGACUCACGAUCGACUCGAAAACGAUCGAGUCGAACACGAUCGAGUCGAACGCGAUCGAAGGAAGUCCAUGAGUAUUUUGAAGAUGAGGAUGAAGAGAACAGCGAGGAAUAUUCGGAACGAGCAGGAGGACAGGAACAGUAUGCUGCGGGUGUCGGCGGCAUGACAAGGCAUCCAGGAGAGACAAGUAAAGUGGUUGGACAGGAUGAAGACAGUGAACACACUGUGAGCGUAUCGGGUGGGGAGGUUGGUCUGGCAGGAGGAUAUGGGAGCAGCUACGAAGGAUAUGAGGGGGAUAAGUACGCGACAGUGGCUGUGGCUGAGCAUACAGAUGCUGCAGGGCUCGCUGAGCGAAAGAGGAAGCACAGGCGGAAGAGGAAAAGUCUUAUGGAUAAUAAACGGACGGAACAACCACAAUCGGAUGAAGAGGCCAAAGGCAAGACAGUUACUAGGCUGCCAAGUUUGCGAAAUGUGCCAUCAGUGACUUCUUCUGGUGUUCUUAGCAAAGGUUUUUUCCUUGAGUUGGACGAGCAUGGGAACCAAUGUCCAGACAUGAAAUUCAUUUUUGUCCAGUUCGACAUAAUUCUGGAUAUUCCCGACGGGGAAUUCAGAUACAAUCAACGCUAUCUUGUGCAGCAGACGGUUGACGACAUUUAUGACGCAAUGAUUGCAUCGGGUGAGGCUGCUAUGAGAGAGAGAAUGACUGAAGCUGCCGGUGUGAAUGUCUGUACGUUGUAUGAGAAGCAUGUCCUUUUGUUGGUUGCCCUCCGUGAUACAUUGCAUACUGACGCUUCAGGGAGGAUUGUGAGAGCAAGGAGGGUGCUGCCCGUUGAUUUCGAUCUCGAAUCUGUGAACAAGUACUACUACUACCCUCUCAGCGGUCAGCAUAACAUGGCGGCGGCAAGAAGGUGUUUUGUUGAACGCCCUGACAUCGCACAAGAGCUCCGAUUGGAUCGCUGGACUGCGAGGCCUGUUUAUUAUCCGGAUAAGAGCAUGGACAAUUACGACACGCUGAGCACUUUCCAGAACUCCAAGGACAAAUGGAAUACCCCACCGCACCAGAACGUGGUCGUCCAGAACAUACAGAAGUUGUGCCACGAGUCGAACUGUCCUGAAGCUAAAGGCGGCUCAGCGGCAGAAGUGAAAAAUGCAGAGUAUAGAAAGUUUGCGGGAGAGGCUCUUCGUUUGACCGGGAUUCGUAAUUUGAUUGACAUGUCCCUUACUACUCAGUGGAGCGGCCAGUGGUCUGACGCCCUCGGGCCCUACAUGUUGUUGGCAAGGGCGACAGAUGACGUUUUCGAAAAGGUGAAACAAGUGAAGUCGUCAGAGUGGACGGAACCAUUCUUCAACAACCUUUCCUAUUUGUUUGAUAAGUACUCUGAUGAAGGAUUAACGUCCGAGAGGUGGAUCGACCAGCGUCGCCAUUUCAAAAAGAUGAGUUGGGUGCGAACGUUCCCGGCUACACUUGGAGGAGAGGAGGAAAAAGGAGAAGAGGGCUUCAAGAAAACAGCGUCACUUGCUGCGAAGUGCCCCGAAGAGUUCGUGCAGUUUGUCAACAAGCUGCUGCGCAGAUCAGAAACCAGGGGUUCGGAAAGCAUAAGAAUGUCGGGUUCGGCGCAAUAUAUAUAUUUCAGAAGACAGAACGUGAACUCUGUUUUCGUCCCAUUCCAACGGGAACCAAGCGAUAUUUCAGACGAGAUGGAUUCCAAGGAAAUAUAUAGAGUCGUCAAACAUCUGAGUUGCCACACGACCGUGCUGGAUUUAUGUCACCCAACCCAGAUAGGGGUGUGGAUUGAAGAAGUUUUUGAUGGUCUGCGGAAGUUCAUUGGAAAACAGGCUGGUGAUUAUUGGACAUUAUUGUGCUUCGUUCCGCGGUCUUGCGAGUAUACAUUUUUCAAGCGAGUUACAAGUUGGGAGAUUGACAUUCACUUGUCUAUUCUAAAGUGGACUCGUCAGCUACAAACGAAGGCGAAGCAUUUAUAUAAGGUUGCGAACUUGCCUUUGGAGGACACAGACAGAAUGACUGUCAUCAUGUACUCUAACGAUGGGGAUUAUCACCGCAACACUAUUCCCUUGCUUGAAGACAUUCCAACAAGCACUCCAGCUGCAGAUCGAUCAUCUGGCGAGCAGGCGGGUGACUUAUCAGCACUUGUGCGCAGAGAGAGAAGGCCAAAGAUGUCGGCUUAUGUCGUGGAGAAGAAUUUCACGUCCACGAAGUUGAAAAUGGCAGGUAUGGAGCCAAGGGAGAAAUUGGUGUACGAAGGUAUGGAAAGGGAGCCAAAUGCGAUGGUGGAGACAUUGGAGCAUUUUUGUCCUGCGGAUGAGGCGGUUGUUUUCCUGGGAAAAGGUCAUGCGGCGUUGAUUUGGGAGUUGUUAAAGAGUCACCGUCAUUGCAUUGUUUUGGAAGGGGAGGGUAUGAAGUUCGAGUUUCUCGUUCAAUUCAUCACCAAGAUGGUCAAGAGUGGACUUUACCUCGCCAAAUUUGCUAAGCCGCCUCCUCGACAUGACGAAAAGCGUGAUCUCGUCUACAAAGUCGGCAAAAACAUCGUCAAUAUUUGGGAGUUCCUUUUCGAGACUAAGCCACAAAACAGAGGGAAACGUGCAUAUGUCGUCAGAAGGCGAAAAAUGGAAUCACUUCUGAGGGGGUAUCAUAAGGCACCGGCGGAGACGGAAGUUGCAUUUCUAGACCGUUUGGAGAUGAUGUACUUCGACGAACAAAUCGGGGCGUCUAUAAUUGCAGCUUAUGCAACUUGUUUUGGGGAAGGCUUCGAUGCUGAGGACUCAGAGGAAGAAAGUGAAGAUGGUACUUUGCAAGCGGCUUUGGCAGAUGAGAGGCAAAAAACUUGUAGCUCGGCUUCGCAGAAGAUGGGGCGUCAAGCAACAAAGGGAAAGGUAUCAAGACCAAGAGGUGGUGCACAUGACAAGGGAUUGGGUUCGCCUCUGGGAUUAGGACCAAGCAGCGGUGCACAUUGCAGGGGAUCGGGUUCGCCUCUGGGAUUAGGACCAAGCGGCAGUGCACAUGACAGGGGAUCGAGAGGCGAUGCAAAUGGCCAGGAUUUGGGAGGAAGCGGCGGUGCAAGCGUCAAGGGCGUAAGUCAUGGAGAACUGCCGAAAUGUGUCGAGGACGUCCUUCCGGAUGACCAAGUUUGGGCGACCACUGUGUUGGCGAGCGAGAGUGUUACUGCGCAAGUGGAUAAUACUGGUGCACUUGCAGAAUUAGAGAUGCCAUUGGAUAUGCCAGUCGAGAAAGAUGAACAUGAAGUCUCUCUGGACAUGAAGAAUGAAAGCGCGACUGCAGGUGCAAACGAAACUGCCAAUGUAUAGGCGAUCGAAGAGGAUGAAGGACAUAUAGUACUAAGUACACGAGAGCACCAUACGC